AUGUUUUUACUUUUUCAGAUGGGUCAGACACUAGCUGAAGGCUAUCCGGAUCUAGAGAACGAAGUUCAGACCCGUUUGGACCGGAUACACACUCUAUGGGAUGAACUCGUUUCGUUAGUCCACGAUCUGUCCACACAAACCCAGCAAGUGCAACAAAAGAAGAUAUUAACAGAAGAAAUGCAAAAGACUAUGGUUUGGUUGAACGACCGGAUGAGAGAGGCUGAUCAGCGAGAUGGAGCGCAGCAACUAAUCCCUGACCCAUCGUGCAUAACAUCACUGCAGCAGUCGCUGAAUGCCCAUGCGAAGGAGAUCAAGCAAUUAACGGAACACAAGUCGUGUUUGGACAAGUUGCGCGUUGCAGUGGAUCACACGGAAACCCCGGACCGAAAACAUGCCCUCGAAGUUUCUGUGAAGCAUUUGGAAACUGGGCUGGGCCAACUCAAAACUCGCCUUGAUGAAGAACAAAAUAGGUUACAGAGGCUGAAAGAUGCGUCUCAAAUGUAUUUGGACCUUUCUCUUGAGGCAACUUGGGUUCGUGAAAAGUGCGCACAAAUUCGUCUCAUACCGGAGUCGAUGAUCACAAGCUUGCAACCAAGUAACCUUUUUACUGGACAACAUCUGCUGCAAAUUCAAAGGCUGAGACGUCAGUUGAAAAGCCAUCAACUUGAGACGGACAACCGACGACCAAGAAUGAAGAUUCUUUGUGAAACUGCCGAAAAAAACUACUGUGGAGAUAGAGGACAGGCUUCACUGGAUGGGCAGGCCAAAAAGUUCGUGGAUGUCAUCGAAGAAAUACGAGGCAACUGGUCUAUAUUGGAGUGUGAACUAAAUCGCCUUCGUAACGAGCUUGAAACGUUGGAGCUGAUCUGCAAGUUUGCGCUGGAUAUUCGUGAAAUCGAGGCCUGGAUUUUGGAACAAGAAUUGUAUGUUCAAGCAGUAGAGCCACCCAAGAAUGAACAGACUGCCAAUUCCAUGUUGCGACAACAUCUCAGUCGUGUGACAACCAUCGGACAAUGGCAGGCGCAAAUCAACGAGUUACGGAAUCGUGGUCGCGUCAUUCGUUCCCAAAUAAACCAGCUGCGUUCAGAUGCAGCAUCCAUCACGGAUAAACAAAAGUCCAUCGCAAAACACGCAGAUAUGUUUGAGCAAAUAAUCCAGUCUGGUCAGUCCCGUGUGCAGCGUACCUUCGCAGAUUUAGUGGAGUUGUCUAACGAUCGCAAAUUGUUACUCGUCUUCGGUGUCUCCAAAUACAAGCUGAUCCUAGAAAUUUCAGACUUGGAGGCCUGGAUUGCAGAGAAGUCGGUUAUUGCUGGGAGCCACGAGGUCGGAACCGACAUUGAUCAAUGUUGCGCACUUCGCGACCGGUUUUUAAAUUUCACACGAGUGACCGUUCCCGAUGGAACUGGUCGUAUUGCUCUGGCAAAUGACCAGUGUGUUCGACUAAUCACUCAAGGUCAUCCAGGUGCAGCGGACAUUGCAGCCGCCAAAGAUUCAGUGAAUGAAGCAUGGGCAGACCUACUGGAACUGAUUGGAACACGAGAGCAGCUUCUAAAAGCCGCAUGGGAUAUGCAUCAUUUUGUUGGGGACUGUCAAAAUGUGGAAGAAUGCAUCAAUUUCCGACUGAAAAAUCUUCCGGAGGCACCCAGUUCCGCUUUGAUCUCGGGGCAAAAGCAAGGCUUAUCAACGAUUCAGCGAACUCAUGCGAACCUGGAGCAAGAGAUUGCUUGCUUUAGUGACCAAAUCAGCCGUCUUUCCAACAAAGCGAGGCACCUAUUCCCGCGCUACGCCAGCACACAGGCAGAACAACUCCAAGCCCGGUACGAUCGGGUGCAAGCAGCUUGGCAGCAUCUGUGCGCAUUAGCCGCGGAGAGGAAAGGUCUCCUAGAUACUGCAGGACAAAUCCACAGGUUUCUCACAACAGCAAAAGAGUUGAUUAUGUGGCUGGAAGCAGCUCGAGAUCGGAUGGAAGCGAAAGAACGUCCAAGGGAUGUGAGUGGCGUGGAGGUCCUGAUCAAUGACCAUUCGAUUCUCCAUAACGAAUUGGAAGCGCGUUCCAAAAGUAUCGAGUCUUGUUUAGACUUGGGACGUCGUUUAUUGCAAUUGGACCCACCGAGUAUGGAUACCUCACAUCCUCUCACAGGGCCCCGGAGCGAAGUUCGCGAACGUUGUGUCCAGUUAGCUACAGGUCAUCUGCUGGUACAAGAGCUCUGGAGGGAGCGCUGGGAUCGACUACACCUGCUCUUGGAAGUACGGCAAUUCGCACGUGAUGCAGCCAGCGCUGAGGCGUGGCUGGCUGGAAAGGAACUUCAGCUUGAAGUAGCUAGACGGCAGCUAGGGGAAACGCUAUCGGAAACCUUAACCCUACUUGGUGCUCAUUAUGCGUUUGAGCAGACGCUGGUGACAGCGAACGAACGGUUCAAUGCGCUCAAAAGGUUAACAACGCUUGAGAUACGUGCUAUGGAGUGGAAACCGGAAGAGGUAUCCGUGCGGGAACAAGAGAAAAGGGAUAAAAUUCGCGACGUUGUCAAGGAAUUUCUGCCACAAUAUAUCAGAUCCCAUCCCAAGGCGUCAGAAUCUUGUAGUCCUAAGCCGCCUAGACCAUCGGUCGUACCUCCGCGUAUCCAGCCAUCACCGCAGCCCCAACCCACAACCACCAGGGUUACCGCGGAUUUGAUGACGCAGUUAUCCUCCACCCCAGCUCCCCAGCAGGUCUCCACGAUUCCGCCGGUUUCACAAGAGCAGACCAGUGUUCCAUAUACCGAAAAAGCGAAAGUUCCGUCUGAUAAGCGCCAAGUAUCGUCGGCCAAAAUGGUCCUGAAGCCGAAACCAGCCGCACCUCCAGUGUCGGUGACAAAAGAGGUCACUCAUCGCCUGGCGUCUGAAUCCAUCAUCCCAAUCGAAAGUUCCUCGCGUGAUCCUCGGAGAACGAGCGUACCUGAACCAACGACUCGCGAAGUUUCUGACAAUAACGUCCGAUUAUUACCGUACCAACGUACACCACCUGAAGGGGAAACACAACCUCCGCAAACCCGUCGUUCAAGUAAGAGUCCGUUACAAGAAGAACCCAGUCCCAAAACAAUUCCAGCGGACACUGACAUUGUUGGUUCAGGACGAUCAAGAGAGUUCACCCCCAGAUCAACGCCAAGUUCCUCAGCUGGCUCACGUGGUUCUCAACUCUCCAGAUCAAGCUCUGAAAGAACAAAUCGAAUGGGCGUCAUCCCCAGCAAAGGGCAUUCUGCAGUUCAACAAGCAUCUCCCUUAAGUCAGCAAGGAAGAGGUGACUCCGUCAGCUCGAGUAGUAGUCGCUCUAGAUUCACGGUAGGAUCCUUAAUGGGCAGUCAGGAGCCUGGUUCGGUGUCUCAUUCUUCAAUCAGUCGGGCGCAAAUCUCAGGUGAGCAGCUUAUUGGUAGCAUACCACGCUUAGAGGGACCCGUGGUGCGGAAACACGAAGUAGAUGUUGGUGGUGUGCCACGGACAAAAAGUGCGGGCCGAAGUUGGGUACCUCUGUACAUGGUGCUUGAUCGUGGUCAGCUGUUUGUCUACAAAGACUAUCGGAGCCGGAGGCAAAAACCCGACGAAACAUUGCGCAACGAACCCCCGAUCAACUUGGUAUCAGCAACUGCUCAGCCGGCUAUUGAUUAUACAAAAAGACCAUGUGUGUUUCGCCUGAGACUGUCCGAUGGACGAGAGUACUUGAUUCAAACAGCAAACGACCGUGUACUCCAACGUUGGACAGAUGCCAUCAACGAUGCAGCGGAGAAGAUGACCAUGGCCCAAACAGUACGCCACGCUUCCCAACCGACUACCAUUUUGCCUGAUCCUGAUUACCAAACAGGCAGUUUAGGUCCCGGAUCACCCAGCAUCUCUGGACGUAGGCGCUCGCUGAAAGCCUUCUUUUCUCUUCGACGCAAACCAUAGUUAUUCGCACCGCUUUCCAUACUGAGUUCCACAAAAAGUGCCCUCUGCAUUUCUAACGGUUUCGGUUUCGAUCAACUUUGAGGGUAUGAAGGAGACCUGUUCAUCUUUUAUCACUACUUAUAUCUUCAACUGCUGUUAGUUAUAUUUCGGUAUUUUGGAAUCCCGCGGAGGGGAAAUGUGAACUCUGUGAAUACAUCUUAAUAAAUAUGUACAUCGCUGAGCACCUAACAGACACCAAAAUCACCACACCCUGGUUAGAGGACUUUUGACAUAUCGUUCGCACAUGUACUUGCCGCUAGUUCCUAUUCAUUUAUUAAUUUCUUCCCGUACACCUUGAUCAACUUUCUUGUAAUUUCUAGUUUUAAAUUAUUUCUGUUUCGUGCGCAUUUUCG